AUGAUUCAGAAUAGGGUGUCUGAAGUGCUUGCAGUGGAUAUCCAUCCCGGGGCCAAGAUCGGAUAUGGCAUAUUGCUCGAUCAUGGCACCGGGGUAGUGAUAGGAGAGACGGUGGUGAUAGGAAACAAUGUGUCAAUUCUGCAUAAUGUGACUUUGGGAGGAACAAGCAAGGAGUGUGGGGAUAGGCACCCAAAGAUUGGAGAUGGGGUACUAAUAGGGGCAGGGACCAAUGUGUUAGGGAAUGUAAGGAUUGGUGAAGGUGCUAAGAUUGGGGCUGGUGCUGUUGUGUUAAAAGAUGUACUUCCAAGAACUACUGCAGUUGGAAACCCAGCAAGAUUGGUUGGGAGGAAUGACCUGUUUAGGCUUGACACGGUCCAAGUUUAA